UGCUGCUGCUGCUGCUUCUGCUGUUGCUGCUGUUGGAGCCCAGACCAGGGCACGCCAGCUCUGUCCCUUAGAGCAGAGACCUGGGAAGGAAGGGAAAGCGGCUGCUUAGGUUUGCGCUAGAGCUCCUGUUUAACCUUUCCAACAGAUACAGACACAGCAACUUUUAACACUGUCCCCUGCUCCCAGACACACGCCCACUGCGUCCUGCACUCCCACCCAGUGCUGCACGGGGCAGCCUGGCAGCAGGUCCUUACUGAAGGCGAUGCUUAAGGGGAUCCUAUCUCCUGUUCUGGGAAGGCGGGAGUAGGACCCAGCAGGGAAGCAAGGAAGCUGCUGGUUAGAGCCGCCGGCGGUGGCCGUGCUGCGUGAGGACCUCGCCUUUCCUCCACUGGACACCUGCUGCAGAAGUCUCGCCACGAUGAUCCGCAUUGCUUCUCUAUUACUGGGAGCUGCGCUGCUCUGCGCCCAGGGAGCCUUUGCCCGAAGGGUGGUCAGCGGUCAAAAGGUCUGCUUCGCUGAUGUGAAACAUCCCUGUUACAAAAUGGCCUACUUCCAUGAACUGUCUAGCCGGGUGAGCUUCCAGGAAGCACGGCUCGCUUGUGAAAGUGAAGGAGGUGUCCUCCUCAGUCUUGAGAACGAAGCUGAGCAGAAGUUAAUCGAGAGCAUGUUGCAGAAUCUGACAAAACCUGGAACAGGUAUUUCAGAUGGUGACUUCUGGAUAGGACUUUUGAGAAGUGGAGAUGGCCAGACAUCUGGCGCCUGCCCAGAUCUCUACCAGUGGUCUGACGGAAGUAGCUCCCAGUUUCGGAACUGGUACACUGAUGAACCUUCUUGUGGAAGUGAAAAAUGUGUAGUCAUGUAUCAUCAACCAACUGCCAAUCCUGGCCUAGGAGGUCCCUACCUUUACCAGUGGAAUGAUGACAGGUGCAACAUGAAGCACAAUUACAUCUGCAAGUAUGAACCAGAGAUUCAUCCAACAGACCCCGUUGAAAAGCCAUAUUUUACAAACCAACCUGAAGACACCCAUGAGAAUGUGGUUGUUACUGAAGCAGGCAUAAUUCCCAAUCUAAUCUAUGUUAUUAUACCAACGAUUCCGCUGCUUUUGCUGAUACUAGUUGCUUUCGGAACAUGCUGUUUCCAGAUGUUGCAUAAAAGUAAAGGAAGAACAAAAACUAGCCCGAACCAGUCUACACUAUGGAUUUCAAAAAGCACUAGGAAGGAAAGUGGCAUGGAGGUAUAAUAAUGAACUGAUAUUGCUCUGGAAAAUAAGAGUAGUUUUGUAAUCCUUGAUCAGUGUAAGGAAUGGCAUCAUUAGUUUGGAAUGGCUUGAAAUCUCAAAGGAUCUGCAAGAUGAACUGUAAGCUCCCCCUUGAGGCAAAUGUCAAAAUAAUUUUUAUAUGUUCACAGUUUCACUUACAAAAUAUACUGAGUGAGGCCUGCUUGCUCUACUAAAGGAUACACCCAAACUUCAUGUAAACAAAAUGGACCAUGUAGAUAUAAUUUCCAUGGAAAUACCUGGAAUUACCUGUGUCGGGAGUAGUUACUUUGGCUUUUUUUUUUAAUCUUCAUAAAUUUUGACCUACUUCAUAUACUAUAAAUUAUAUUCCAAUUUACAGUGUGCAGAAACAUUUUACCUUUGCUAAAGUGUUUGAUGAAAAUAGAGUGUUCUGAUAUUUAUAUUUAUGGGCAUUUGAUUUUUACGCACAUGCUGUUUUCAUUAAAAACUGAAUUCACACAGACACAAAGAAAUCUUUCCAUUGGGAAAACAUUUCUUUUGUAGAAUAGUUCAUGUCCUUUCUGUUUCUUUGCUUUUGGUUCAAUAAAGGUUAGGAAGUCUCUUCAGAAAUAAGAAACCAUUUCAUUGACUGUGCUAUAUAUCUGCUGAAACAGUACUUAGAGGCAAGAACUGUCUAACUUCAAUUGUGCAAGACAUGUGCCUUACAAUUAUUCCUAAUUUAAAAUUAAACAGAUUUUUGUAAUAAAGUAUCUUUACUAAUUAAUACUUGUAUAGACACCGAUGUAGUUAACCUUGGAAAAAAUGGCAUCUGCAGUACAAACCACAGGUCUUCACAUGUUGCCUAUAGAAUUGCAAAUAGCUCCCUGAGUGUCAGGAAUCAAUGCGGCUCCUCCCUGUCAGUCAAACAGGAUGACUAUUGGAAGGCUUUGGAGUCAGUCAGUUGCUGUUUGGCUGAGGAUUUCCUAACUGAAUUUAGCCUGUAGAAUAUACAAAAUUCAAUGGUUUCCAGCAGUGUGAUGCUAAGCAGAACACACUGAUAUUAUAGAUUUAGAAAACAAGAAGAAGAAAAACAAAACUACAAAUCACAUCCACUAAUGGGCCAUGGACUAGAGGUCACUGACGUUUGCUUAUCUUUGAUGAGUGUUGUUUGUGAUUGUGAACUGUGGCUUCCUUCUGUCUGAUGGAGUUUCCUCAACAUGUGGUAUUUGUUCUUCUCAAGAGAGUUGUAACUAUUUUGUCUUCAAAUGUCCCUGUGUUACUUUUAGCCAAAUAAAGAGUUCUUGUUUCUGAAGAAUGA